CAUGACAAGUUAUCGAAAAAUGCUUUUGCUUGAACGAAUAUUGACGUGAUUAUUUCCUUUCGAGGCGACGAGUGUGACUGCCGCGUAUGUAGUUAUUAUAAUGUAUCGAAUCGAUUUCUUUAUGCUGCAAAAUUUAUUGUUCUAGAGACGGAAUGUAGGUUAUCGUGGUGGUGGAGUCUUGACGGAACGGUAGUGGGUGCCUAAUCAUUGUGUCAAGCAAAUAACGUGGAUCGUGUCGAAAUUAUAUGCGCUCGUUGUUUGCUAUUUGUGUUGCGUAACUAUUAAUUUAAUGGCGGAUAAAUUUGUUUAGUAACGUCGGUCGAACGCUCGAGCUUUCUAAUGGCAGUUUUCGGCGGUAUUUUAUCUAAAACAAAAUAAUGGCGAAACGAUUGCGCGCUUGUUGUUGACGUGGAGAGGGGGUGAAAAUGAUCCCAUAGUACAUAACGCACACACCAGGGAACCCAUUUUUUACCCAUCUAUAAACGCCCCGGAUGAGAUUCGAUUUCCAAAAAUAUUGUUCCGAAAUAAUAGAACCAUAAAACCGAUGCGUUGCGUGGGUAUUUUAUUACUCGUGGCGUCCACGUACGUCGUUCCAAUUCAUCAUCGCUUUACUUUGCGACGAUGUCGGUUCGUUCUUAUCGGUUUCGUUUCAUGCGAAACUUUUCCGCUUAAAAAAAAAAUCUAAUGGAGUUACUUGUUCAACCGUAAAGUCCGGAAACGCGUCCUUAGCGCUUUUCAUCAUAAUUUUCAAACGACUCUUGGAUAUUUUAUUGACAUUUGACGCAAAAUAUAUUGUGAUUUUAAUAUGAUUAAAGAAAUAUCUAACAUACUUAUUUUAAUGCACGCACAAACAAAUUAAUUUAAUUGAAAUUCAAAAUAAAUAACCCAAAAAAUACUUUAUUUUUGUGCGGUGACUACUUGAGAACAAUUUUUUUAAAGUUGCGUCAAAAAAGCAGUUUUUCUCUAACUUAACUGUAUGUGUUCUCUCUUGCAACGCUGAAGUAGUUGCCGCCACUUAAUAAUUCCGUGUAUAUAAUGAUUGAUAUAGAUUAGAGACUGAUUUACUCAAGACCAAUCGAUUUCCUGUUCCUGCAAAGUUAUCGAGUAUAUCCUUUACGAAGACAACCCUCAUAAUCACUACCGCAGUGGUUAAAUUCUCGGGACACAUUUGGAAGAAUAAAAUCAAUAUUGCACACUCUCCCCCUCCCCUUCGCCAUCCCGUUCCUCUCGACCCGUUUCUGGAAGUUUCCUUACAUCCAUGUUGAUUCGAAUAGUUUAAAGUACUCGACAACGAACGUAAUAUUCACGAUGCUUAUACAGUUUUGUUUCUUUUAAUUAAUUCCAUAGCAAUUCUCGGUUGAACCGAUUUUGUAUCGACCGUUUCUUUGUGGUGAGAAAAACUAAGCAGCGGUUACUCCACCAGUUUUAUGUAAUUUAAGAAUUCGCCAUUGGCUGCGAGAGAUUAGAAAUAUACUCGCUUAGUUGUUAAUUUGAGUGUUACUCGAUUGCACGCAAUACUAAUAAAGUAACUACCAUAGUGGUUCUUUAGUUUUGGAAAAACUAUCAAGGAAUUAUUAAUUUAUCACUCUCUCCACCGACAUUAUUUAUACCGAUUAGGUUUUGAAAAAGUUUGCGUUCCUACACAAUCGAGGCCACUAAAGCAAUUCGUUUUUGUUUUUGUUCUCUCGGUUGAUGUUGGUUUGUUGUUAAUUCGUCAACUGAAGAAGAAUGGUAUUGUUCUAAUCAUCGAACCUGACAAGGGACAACUUCAACAUUAACAUGUGCAUCUAUGUCGGAAUUUCGACUUAAACCUUAGGAAUUAAGGAAUUAUGGUUUAAAUUAUUGAUAAGCAAGCUAAAACUGGAAUGUAUUUCUCGCACAAUACCAAACAGAAAGUGCCACUAAAUAAGUGAAUAUUCCGCGUUGUAACUGUACUCGAACUUAUCACAUCGGCUGAUUGUUGUCGGAUAUUUUUAGAACGCAAUCCGACGAAAAUACGCAUUCCGUCCGUGAUAUUAUUUCGAAGAAAAUCAAGAAUGAAUAAGAUGACGAACAUUUUUAGAACAGCUAAUAAACGUGUCUUCGGUUCACUCUCUAUAUAGCAACUUAAGCUCAUGCCUGGUUUGUAAAGAAACGCGACCACUCAGGUAAUACCUAUAUACAACAACCAAGUCCCAAGUGGAAACGUAUAUAAUAGAAUACUAAAUAAUGUAGGUUAUCGACCCUCGCAGCAAUGUCUCUAUGCCCUCAUUGUCCAUCGGGUACCCAAGGUAUGUACGAAAUUUCGCAAUUAGAUAGAUGGUUUUCUACUAGUCGUGGUACAGUUGUAGCACAAUCGACGUUCUGUAGAAAACUUUUUCCAAAUUGUCGUAUAGCAUGGAUUGCCGCUGGUUUCUUUAUUCUUUUAAGAACGUAUAUUCCUUUGGUGUAUGUAUAAUUGAAAGGCUUUAACUAUAACAGCGCUAAUAAAAACUACCAACAUUAUCACCAGAAUUAUGCAUAACUUUCACAACGGAGCUCAUAAGUUUAUUUUUUUUUUCUCAUUGAAAAGUGGUGUAGGCAAUGGAGGCAGUUCGAUUUUCUGUUCCUUUAACAAUCUGUUGUUCUGUCGUUUAUGUGAACAUUUUGUUGUUGUUUCUGUUGCCGUCAUAUGUUUUACUAUAAUGUGCAGAUCCUAUGGUGACAUUUCAUUCCAUCUAAGUAUUGUAUUUCUAUAGGAAAUUAGAUUUUGUGCAAUUAUACAGCCAUCUAUCGAGAAUCGAAAAGAAAACUUCGAACAAAACCUGACCUGUGGCAUUCAAAGCUUCCCCUGCCCUCCACCAGCGGGUUGAGGCGGGGGAAGAAUUUGAUUGGUUUUUGAUUUUUAAUUUUCAAGAUAUUCUACCGUGUCCAUACUUUUUUCACACUCGGUGUAACUGUUCCGUCUGGUUCGCCAGUCUCCAAUAACCAAAAUUUACCUCGAUCUGUUCAGAGUUUUUGUCCUAUUAUCGGAAACAAUCAAAGGAGCAGUGCCGUUUAAACGUCUACUUGACGUCACUCGAUUCGUCACGCGGCACGUGACAUUCGACCCUUGCGCCGGUGACUCAUCACAAGUGAGUUUUGUGAAUCGAAUAAUGAAGAAAAGACGUAGGCCUUGGCACACCGAAUUGGUUGCUGACAAUCGCCAAAUCAGUUACGAUUUUUUUUUUUUUAAUUAUUAUUUUGGUUUAGCCCGGCCGCCAAAUUUUAAAGAAAGAAUAGCGCAUAGAUUAGACAAUUGGAAGUAUUGGUUUGGCAUCUCAAACAUAUUUUCCGAUUUUACGAAUGUGUCGAUGUGGCACUUAAAAACUGGUUAAUUGCAAAUUUCCAGCUUGAUAUCUUCAGGUUUUAUUUAAUUUUUAGAACGUAAAGUUCUUUUUCGCAGUUCGAUCGAAUUAAGUAGGUACUGAGGCGAGAAACCCGAACGGAUUGGAUUUAUUUAUAAUUCGGGACAUAAUGCGGUUAUUUUUAGAACACAUAGGCAUCCCAUGUAUAUAUAUAGGUAUAUACAAUUCGAAAGGAAAAUAUUCCAUCUCUGUAAUGAGAGUAUUUACCUGCGUUUAGUAUAUGUCACAUCACGUUCGAUCAUUCUGGAUAUUCCGCAGCUGAGUGAUGUCAGCUGGAUCUCAGAUACAGAUGGCACCGCAGUCCGCGAUCAACACUACCCAGCCCGUAUAUAACCAAGACUCCAAUAUGAGUACAGGUUCGUCUCACAGCGACAAAGAGGUGGACUCGAAUACUCCCGAAAAAGUGGCUCGGACACCGUCGGAAAGGAAACGGAAACGAAAGGCGGACGACGGGGGUGGCUUAACCGGCGGCGGUAAAGGCGUCGUUCAGGGCGGCGUCGGGGUGGGCGGAGGCGGGGGACGAAACGCCGGGGCGCCGCCCGACAAGAAAAUCAACGAUUACUUCAAGCACUCGGGCAAUAGCCCGAUAAGGCUCGGGGGCGCGAAGAGCCCCUCGCCUCAACAGCCCUAUCCAAUGUUACCACCAUCUCCCCAACAGGUGGGAUUACCCUCCCCGCAAGUUACAAGUAAUCCCUUCGACUUUUACAAAACGCAGUCCCACCAAAGGCUACCCCCACCUCCUAUGGUUAGCAGAUUAACACAGACUGAAUUGACGUGUCAACGGAUACAAGAAUUCGAAACGCAAGCGUCUUCCGAUCUCGAGGUACGAAACAACAAGAUUGAGGAAUUAACACGGACGAACGAGGAGUUAAGGCACCAGAUCUCAACGCAGCAGAAGGCGAUCGAUCAGCACAAACAGCAGGUGAACAAGUGCAUAGAGGUGGUGAAAAAACUGUUAAAAGAAAAGAGCUCGAUCGAGAAGAAGGAAGCGCGGCAAAAGUGUAUGCAGAACAGGUUAAGGUUAGGACAGUUUGUGACACAGCGGGUGGGCGCCACAUUCCAGGAAAAUUGGACGGACGGACACGCGUUUCAGGAAUUGGCCAGGCGGCAGGAGGAAAUAACAGCGGAAAGGGAGGAGAUCGAUAGACAAAAGAAGCUCCUCUUAAAAAAGCGACCAUCGAACAGCGAGGGAGGCGGUCGGAAAAGGAACAACUCAAACGUACUGCACAACGGUACUACUACCGACAGCGGUUUCCUGAAGCCUGACGCUGUUCCGGGGUCUCUCACGUUGCAAGAGUACUAUGAGGCCGACGAGAUUCUCAAGUUGCGGCAAAACGCUUUGAAAAAAGAAGAUGCCGAUUUGCAACUGGAAAUGGAGAAGUUGGAACGGGAGCGGAAUCUUCAUAUACGGGAAUUAAAACGGAUUCACAAUGAGGACCAGUCGCGAUUUAACAACCAUCCAGUCCUAAAUGACAGGUACCUGUUGCUAAUGCUUCUUGGGAAAGGAGGUUUUAGCGAGGUGCAUAAAGCCUUUGACUUGAAGGAGCAGAGGUAUGUAGCGUGCAAGGUGCACCAGCUCAACAAAGACUGGAAGGAGGACAAAAAAGCGAAUUAUAUAAAACACGCUCUGAGGGAAUAUAAUAUUCACAAGGCGUUAGACCACCCCCGUGUAGUUAAGUUGUAUGAUGUAUUUGAAAUAGAUGCGAAUUCGUUCUGUACAGUUUUGGAAUACUGUGAUGGUCAUGAUCUUGACUUUUAUUUGAAGCAGCACAAGACAAUACCAGAGAGGGAAGCCAGGUCGAUAAUAAUGCAAGUGGUGUCUGCCCUCAAGUACCUGAAUGAAAUCAAGCCCCCUGUGAUCCAUUAUGACCUCAAACCCGGCAAUAUUUUGCUGACUGAGGGUAAUGUUUGUGGCGAAAUCAAAAUUACUGAUUUCGGUUUAAGCAAAGUCAUGGAUGAGGAAAAUUACAACCCCGACCAUGGCAUGGAUUUAACGUCGCAAGGGGCGGGUACUUAUUGGUAUCUUCCUCCUGAGUGUUUUGUUGUUGGUAAGAAUCCUCCAAAAAUUUCCUCGAAGGUGGACGUUUGGAGUGUCGGUGUGAUAUUUUAUCAAUGCUUGUACGGCAAAAAACCAUUCGGGCAUAAUCAGUCCCAGGCCACCAUAUUAGAAGAAAACACUAUAUUAAAAGCAACUGAUGUUCAGUUUGCAAAUAAACCUGCUGUGACAAAUGAAGCCAAGAGUUUCAUUAGAAGUUGCCUAGCCUACAGGAAAGAGGAUCGUAUCGAUGUUCUGUCAUUAGCCAAACAUGAAUAUUUACAGCCCCCCAUGCCUAAGCAUUCGCGAGUCACAUCGAACCAACAGCAACAGCAGCAGCAACAACAGCAGCAACAGCAACAGGCCAGUUCGUUUUCGACGGGUAUAUUCGGGGCGAUGAACGCUUCGUCGUCAUCUUAGUGCAGUGCUGUGUUUGUUAAGUUAUUAAAAUGAUUAUGAUGCCGGAGAUCGGAACAAACCGACGGUCCCGUCAUUCUGACACUGGCGUCGCUCGUGCUGCCGCGUCGCGUUCGCGGCAUUCAUUCUGGAGCACAGUGGCAAACGGACGUUGCAAAAUUUGUUUUCGAGGUCUUCGUUGUUACAUUGUUUUUCUUUUUAUUUCGGUUGCAAACGAAUGGAUUUCAUUACAGCAGAAUCAACGCCACAAGAAAAAAUAAUCGAUUCGAUUGUCGUGUUCUCAUGUUCCAUUAUUCGAUAUAUAUAUAUAUAUGUACGCAGGAUCCUAAGCGAGAUAGGACUUGCUCACCCCCAUGAAACGCUUGUUGAACAUUUAUCGUAGUGUCAAAACGGUAAGAAAGAAUUAUAAACAUGUUGUGAAUUAUUAGAAGACGCUCGGAGUUAGUGUGGACUUUUUACGUCAAUCUCUUUUAAUGUUUCGCUUCGAUCCCUUAUCAGGCGGCUGUUGCGAUGGCCGAGGACGAGUUAUUUCCAGUUCAAAAAGCGCGAAGCGGCGUUCUGUAGUAGUUGCGAGGAAGAAGCGUUUCCAUCCAUACGCAGCCCGUGCGGGUUUGCCAGAAGUUAACGAAGUUGUAUAAAAUCUAGUCAAAAAAAAAGUUGGCUUGUUAAGGGGCCAUUCUGGUAAAUGGUGUAGUUAGAAGCUUUAGGUUCUGAGCUUGUGGGAGGUUCUAAACGGUAACGUGUUUGGAAAUAACAAUGUAAAGUGAAUUUGGUUAGGUUGGCUGAACCGAUGAAAAAAAAAAAAGUACACCGCCACAUUUUAAUUCUUAAAUUCCAUUAAUAAUUUUAAUAAAACGACGGUGUGCAAUAGCAAAAGGUAUCUCCAGGCACGUUUCUUGACUACAGUUGUGACAAAACAAAAGAGUUCCUAUUAAAGAAGCUCUUCGAUGGCCAUCGUAAGACCGCUUGCUUAAUAAAAUAAAAGUAGCAGAAGAAUUUUUAAAAACGAGGUGUAAGUGCAAAACUGAGGAUAUGGCCCCAAAAUAUAUCUGUUUCACAUUAUAAAUAGGUAUAUAAAACUUGUGUAUAAAUGAGGAAAAAAUGUUUGGUGAGUUAAUUUUUAAAGUGUCCUUGCUUUGUACCAUGCGUAGUUGAUUUCUCAUCACGUUUCAGGCCAAAAAAUUCAUUACAAUUUGCUCGAUAUUUGAUUGCACUACUCAUAGUUGCGUGAAAACAUUUAAACGCUUUUUGCAGAAAAUAUCUUAUACUGUGGCAGAGAUCCAUAUUUGCAAAUAAAUGCCUCCGUUAACGCAUUAAAGCAAAUGACUGUUAUAAUAGUCAUACAUAGAAAGGUGGUUAACCUUCCCAAUUAGCGCAAACCUAUGACUACAGUGACUACAGCUGCUCAGAAAAAAUGUUUAUAUUUAUAUUUUAAUCAGAAUAGAAUUCUUUGUCACUAUGAUUAAAAAAAACAAAAUAAUUAAAUUAUGUUCGUGUUUACUUUUUUUUAAUAAAUUAAUAUUUUAUUUACUUUUUUUAUCGGUUGUCUGGCUUCUUCGGAAGUUUUUAAGAUAUUAAUACUACUUCAUAUAAUUUUUGUCAUGUACCAUAAUAAUAAUAUUUAAAUAUCUCUCAAGCAUAUUUUUACUACAAGUAUCUGUUGCGGUGACUGAUCAUUGAAGUCUUGGCAGCCAUUUUGGGAUUAUUCGUACCCGAAAAUUAAAUGUUAAAUCUCAGUAAGACUUCCUUCACUAUUAAUUAAUAUACAGUAAAGGUAAAUUCAACGCACUUUCAGCAAUUCUUAAACGUCAUUUUUUUUCAUGUCGCGCGAAGAUUACGGAAGGUUAACGAGCAAAUCUGAUUAUUCUCUCCUUGUAAGAUUUUUUCGCCAUACAGUGUCAAAUAAUGUAAGUACUACUACACAGUGACUGGAAUCCUUUCUCAACUUUUUAAAAGUACUUUUUGUAUUGGAAUGGCUUUUUCUAAGCAGUUAUUUUCUUUUUAUUAAAAAAAUGGAGCACCGGAUUUUUUUUUUUUGAGACAUUUUAUGUAUACGCAUUCAUUGACGAGGCGGCAGAUUUUUUUUUUCUGAUUUUUAGUCAAUGUUUCUUUUAAACAAUAGUAACUAUAGGCAUGAAAAUUAUAAUGUAAACAAUUGUUAGCAAAUUUUUGGAAACUAUAUUUUGCGGUAUUUUAUAGCUUCGUGGUAACUAAUUGGUUCAAAUUAAUUAAAUCGGUACAUCAUAAAAUGUCUCAGUGUUCAAUUAUUAAUUAAUUAAAAGAAAUAAACAAAAGCUUGGUAAUCACCAUCUGUUUCAGAAAUCUGGACAUCAACCAGUGUUAUAUAAAUAAUAUGGUUGGAUUCGACUUUGUUAUCAGCUUUUCGAUGUUAAUUUAAAUCAGUAUUCACGUGAAGUAUUUUUUUUUGCCUUAAUUUAUAAAGGAAUAUCUUCUUACCUAAGUUAACAUUUUUGUAACUCUUGAUUUAAUUUUGCAUCGUACAUUUUUACUAGAUAUUUUGACCCAAAGAUUUGUAUUGCCUUCAGUUUUAGCGUAAUUCGUAAUAACUCUCAAGUAAUUGACAUAAAUGAUAAAGUGUCCUUACAACAAACAAAUCAACAAUAGUGUUUGUGCAAAAAAGUUAAACAAAAUUAACAUCGAAAAACUAUUUUGACUGAUGUAUGUUUUUGACUUUAAUUUGUACAGUUACUGUAUAUUGCACAUUGUUAUAUUUAGGAUGAAUGGUUGAGCUUGGUUUCUGAACGGAUAAUCGAAAUAAUUGAAUCUUACUGUACAUAGUCUCAUAAAGGUAAAAAAAAGAAGCUGCAAUACAAACAUGUCCAUAGUUCUGAGUCUUUAAUUGAAAUUUAGGGCCCACUUAGAUACUCGCAAAUUCAAUUUGAAGAACCGGAACUACAUAUAAAACUCGCAAUUAUUAAACAAAUUCAUGUUACUUAUUUAUACUGUGCUGUUUGUGUGGAGUGGUCGCGUCAGUGCCACGGACAUUGUGAUAAGAGUAGAUAAAAGUCAUGUCUAGAUGCAAAAAAAAUGUAUCGUUAUUAUUAUUGUUUAUGUACUGACUGUAUCUAUACUUUUAUUUUAUACAAUUGUUCACAUAUUUUUUCUUUUCUUUUGGUAUAUAUUUUACCAUUGUACAUACAAUGUGUAUUUAAGUACACAGUAAAGUUUUCAAAAGUAAUUUAAUUUAUUUUUCCUUCUGCUGUAA